GGUGAGUAUAUAAGCCGCAGUGAAGGUUGGGAAGACAUUCACUCCUCCUUCAGCCGUCAAGGAUGCGGCUCCUGCAGGUGACAGUGUUGUGUUGUGUGGUGUUGGCCGUCGUGGGUGUGCCUACACCAACACCUGACGCGGGCCCACAACCAGAGCUCAACAAGGGCUACAGCUAUGAAGCACCAUUCAAGGGCUUCGGUCUGCCAGGGGAGGAGGUAGACCACAGCCAGCCCACCUACCAGGAACCUGACACAGGUUACCUACCACCUGAAGGUCUUGCUCCAGGUGACCUGCCAGACAUAGCUUUUGGCUUACCUGCUCUUGAACCAGCUAAUGAACCUCCAGCUAUAAACCCAAGCUAUACUACGCCAGCUACUUAUAAACCAACAUAUGGUACAACUAAACCUUAUACACCACCUAAACCAACAUACGGUACACCUAAACCUUAUACACCACCUAAACCAACAUACGGUACACCUAAACCUUAUACACCACCUAAACCAACAUACGGUACACCUAAACCUUAUACACCACCUAAACCAACAUACGGUACACCUAAACCUUAUACACCACCUAAACAAACUUACAGUUCACCUACACCAUCCUACACACCACCUAAACCUACCUAUAGCCCACCAAUUACUUCCUAUACACCUAAACCAACCUACACACCUCCUAAACCAACCUACAGUCCACCAACAACGGCCUACCCACCCCCUAAACCUACCUAUACACCACCUAUUACUUCCUAUGCACCUAAACCAACCUACAGCACACCUACACCUUCAUAUGGACCACCUAAACCAACCUAUGUAGCACCUGUACCCUCAUACACACCACCUAAACCAACUUACACCACACCUAAACCUUCAUAUGGACCACCUAAACCAACCUACAGCACACCUAAGCCUUCAUAUGGACCACCUAAACCAAGCUACAGCACCCCUAAACCUUCAUAUGGACCACCUAAACCAACCUAUGCAGCACCUAUACCCUCAUACACACCUAAACCAACUUACACCACACCUAAACCUUCAUAUGGACCACCUAAACCAACAUACGGAACACCUACACCUACAUAUGGACCACCUAAACCAACCUAUGUAGCACCUAUACCGUCCUACACACCACCUAAACCAACUUACACAACACCUAAACCUUCAUAUGGACCACCUAAACCAACAUAUGGAACACCUACACCUACAUAUGGGCCACCUAAGCCAACCUACAGCACACCUAAACCUUCAUAUGGACCACCUAAACCAACCUACGUAGCACCUAUACCGUCCUACACACCACCUAAACCAACUUACACCACACCUGAACCUUCAUAUGGACCACCUAAACCAACAUACGGAACGCCUACACCUACAUAUGGGCCACAUAAACCAACCUACAGCACACCUAAACCUUCAUAUGGACCACCUAAACCAACCUAUGUAGCACCAAUACCGUCCUACACACCACCUAAACCAACUUACACCACACCUACACCUUCAUAUGGACCACCUAAACCAACAUACGGAACGCCUACACCUACAUAUGGGCCACCUAAACCAACCUACAGCACACCUAAACCUUCAUAUGGACCACCUAAACCAACCUAUGUAGCACCUAUACCGUCCUACACACCACCUAAACCAACUUACACCACACCUACACCUACAUAUGGACCACCUAAGCCAACUUACAACACACCUACACCUACAUAUGCACCACCUAAACCAACUUAUGGAACACCUACACCUACUUAUGGGCCACCUAAACCCACAUAUGGAGCACCUACACCUACAUAUGGACCACCUAAACCGACCUAUGGAGCACCUGAACAGAACCUCGGUUCUUUUGCUUCCUCAAUUGGUUCUUCUAAAUUCACAUCAGAAUCUUCAUCAGCUUAUCAAUCUUCAAAUGAGAUAAUUAAUGUUGGUUUUGGAAGCACAGGAAGCAGUGGUUCAGGGACAGGUCAGGGCUACUCAGGAGGAUCAGGUUUUGGAAGCACAGGAAGCAGUGGUUUAGGGUCAGGUCAGGGCUACUCAGGAGGAUCAGGUUUUGGAAGCACAGGAAGCAGUGGUUCAGGGUCAGGUCAGGGCUACUCAGGAGGAUCAGGUUUUGGAAGCACAGGAAGCAGUGGUUUAGGGUCAGGUCAGGGCUACUCAGUAGGAAUCGGGUUUUUUGGAAGCACAGGAAGCAGUGGUUCAGGGUCAGGUCAGGGCUACUCAGGAGGAUCAGGUUUUGGAAGCACAGGAAGCAGUGGUUUAGGGUCAGGACAGGGCUACUCAAGAGGAUCAGGUUUUGGAAGUACAGGAAGCAGUGGUUUAGGGUCAGGUCAGGGCUACUCAGGAGGAUCAAGUUUUGGAAGCACAGGAAGCAGUGGUUUAGGGUCAGGUCAGGGCUACUCAGGAGGAUCAGGUUUUGGAAGUACAGGGAGCAGUGGUUUAGGGUCAGGUCAGGGUUACUCAGGAGGAUCAGGUUUUGGAAGCACAGGAAGCAGUGGUUUAGGGUCAGGUCAGGGCUACUCAGGAGGGUCAGGUUUUGGAGGCACAGGAAGUAUUGGUGUAGGGUCAGGUCAGGGCUACUCAGGAGGAUCAGGUUUUGGAGGCACAGGAAGUAUUGGUGUAGGGUCAGGUCAGGGCUACUCUGGAGGAUCAGGUUUUGGAGGCACAGGAAGUAUUGGUGUAGGGUCAGGUCAGGGCUACUCAGGAGGAUCAGGUUUUGGAGGCACAGGAAGUAUUGGUGUAGGGUCAGGUCAGGGCUACUCUGGAGGAUCAGGUUUUGGAAGCUCGGGAAGCAGUGGUUUAGGGUCAGGUCAGGGCUACUCAGGAGGGUCAGGUUUUGGAGGCACAGGAAGUAUUGGUGUAGGGUCAGGUCAGGGCUACUCUGGAGGAUCAGGUUUUGGAAGCUCGGGAAGCAGUGGUUUAGGGUCAGGUCAGGGCUACUCAGGAGGGUCAGGUUUUGGAAGUACAGGAAGCAGUGGUUUAGGGUCUGGUCAGGGCUACUCAGGAGGAUCAGGUUUUGGAAGCACAGUGAGCAGUGGUUUAGGGUCAGGUCAGGGCUACUCAGGAGGAUCAGGUUUUGGAAGCACAGGAAGCAGUGGUUCAGGGUCAGGCCAGGGCUUCUCUGGAGGAUCAGGGUCACAUGACCUAACAGCAUCAUACGGAGCCUCAGGAUCUCUGGGAGGUGUGGCUGGCUCACUGGGUCUACACAACUCAGCAAUUUCAUCACAAAAUGAUCUUGAAUCCCGGCAGUUAACUUCUGGCUACACUCCUAACCAGUCUUAUGGUGAGAAGGGAAUGCCGUUCGACUUUGCUUAUGCUGUCAACGACGAAUACAGCGGUAACAUGUUCAGUCACAGAGCGAACUCAGAUGGACUGGUGACGAACGGGGAAUAUUCUGUUGUUCUCCCUGACGGCCGCAAGCAGGUGGUCACCUUCACAGCAAACAACGACUUAGGUUACCUGGCUAAGGUCACCUAUGAGGGGCAAGCCUCCUAUCCGUCCUCGACACCUAAUACCUAUAACUAACGAAAUUUGCUGCCAAAAGCUAGUCUUAAACGUGUAUUUCUAAAUGCACUGUGCAUCUGCUGGUAAUGCUUUGGAACCCCACUUGUUACUGUGGUAUCAUUGUACCAUUAAGUAAACAAUACGUUCCUCGAAAUAAGUUAUUAUUCCUAUUUAUUAGUUGGGGUCAGGAAGAUAUAGCAAGCAAAUUGUGCCGUUUCUUAUUUUUCUUUCCGCUUUCAUGCUUUAGGUUCUCAUUUCUAUAAUUAUUGUAAAUAACACUAAUUUCAUAGAUUACCAUUUGACUUGUCUUAUGGUCAAGUGAGGUUUGCUGACAGCAGCAUCCAGCCUCUACAUCUGUGUUAUAGGCAACACUUCUGAUAUAACGAACACUCUUGUUAAAAACAACAGUCGUGUUAGAAGCAACGCAGACUGUAGCAGAUUUGAUAUCCAUGUGUCAGUGUGCAUUCAGGAUUGUGUUCACAGAAGGUUUAAAUUUGAGACUGACAAUUGUGAUCCAUUUGAACUCAUGGAGGUCAAGGCUGUGUCACCCCACUCAUUAGUGGUCCUCUUGACGCGAAGGUCAAGACUCUGGUCAACGUUGCAAGAAGGUCAGAACUCGAUCAUCUCUCUCUGGAAUAUCAAACUUGGACCAACUUGCCCUACCAAGGUCAGGCCUGAACCACAUCGCACCACAGAGGUCAAGAGUGGACGACCGUGACCCACGGAGGGCAAGACUGAUCCACCUCACAAACACCUUAAGACUGGAUCAUCUGGCUCCACUUCCUGCAUCAACUUUAUUGUUAUUAUAUUUUGAUAAAUACUGUCGAUUUUAUGACAUAUUUCUCGAACAUUGUUAGAAUUAA